AUGUCGUCGCGCCGCGCGCCGUCUGCGUCUGUCAUGGCGACCAGCGCGCCGUGGGAUACGCGUGCGCAUGCGAAUGCGCUUGCGGACCUUGUCCCUUGUGUAGCAGACCUGUCGCUAGACCGUGUGAAAGCGGGCGAAGCAAAUGGCUACGAGCAGGACGCGCCGACAGACGACUUUGGCGGCGCGCCGUUUGCGGCGCUCGAGCAGGACGACCCGAUGCCGAUAUUCCAGCUGGCGCGCGUCCAGUAUGCACUAACACAGCCGCUUGUACAGCUGGCCGUUGCAUCGAACAAGAUGGUGAUGUGUGUAGCUGGCGGUGCCCAGGAUGCAGCAGCCUACCGCCUCGUGUACAUGGACUUGGACGACCCUGCACGGACGUGCGAAGCGCUUGUUCACGCUGCGCCGGCGCCGCGCGGUACGAGCCCCGCAGCGAUGGAGCCAUGCUGCGUGUAUGUCGAUCCGUUUGGCGAGCACAUUCUCGUGAGCGCCGGCGGCCACAAUUACUACUGGACGCCAGGCUGGGCCAAAGCGCGGCGCCUCCCACGCCUUGCGCAGCUGCACAUUACUUCCGUUGCGUGGGCUACGCCGAGCACAGUGCCCCCUGUUCCCCUUGGCGCGGCGCCGAGUGGGCGGAAGUGGAUAUGGACGCCGCGCAUCCUGCUCGGCACAGCGCAAGGCGAGCUGUUCGAGACGGUGCUUACAGCGCAAGUAGCCACGCACCAAGCGCCUAGCGGCGAUUUCUUCGACCGGCUUGCGCGGAAAACAGUGGGAGAGAGCGGUGUGCAGGAAUACACCGGCGCGCUCGAGCGCAGUGUCCACCGUGUAUUCCAGCUGCACGAGGCACAGGCCAUCUCGGGCCUUGCGCUUGCGAUUGUGCAGCGCGGCGCGGGAUGGCAUGCAUACAUUGUCGCUACGACGGCUACGCGCAUGUACGAGUUUGCGGGCGCGGUAGAUCUGUCGGGUGUGCAAGACGCGCCGAGCGCAUUUGACGCCCUCUUUCGGCCCUACCGCGACACCAUGCUCACCCACCUCAAGACAGAGCUGCCCAGCGACGUGCAGCACUCGAUGCUGCUGUGCUCCAAGCCGUCGCACUUGCACGGCGCGCGGCGCGCGCUUGCGUGGCUUACUGGAGCCGGCCUUUUUUAUGCGGAGAUGAAUUUGCACAGCGCAGAUACUUACGACUUUGUCCAGCGCACUGGCCUGCUUGCGUAUCAGCGCUCCGACACGCCGCUGUGCAUAGGGAGCACUGCGUAUCACCAUGUGCUUGUGCUCACCGACCGUGUUGUCUGCCAGCAUGUGAUGGAGACGAGCCUUGUAUGGGAAGAAGCGCUUGGCCUUGCCAAAGACGAGCGCGUCGUAGGCAUCGCCACCGAUCCACACACCGGCACAAACUGGGUCUACACAGACGCAGGCAUCUUUGAGCUUCUUGUCACCGACGAAGCGCGCGAUGUGUGGCGGAUCAUGGCGCGCCGCGGCGAGUACAGCGCCGCGCUCGAGCAUGCGCCCGACGACGCGAGCAAAUCGCUUGUGCUUGCGCAGCAUGGCGAUGCACUCAUGCGCGAAGGCAAGGUGUUCCUAGCGGCACAAUCCUAUGCGCGCACGCACGACCGUAGCUUUGAGCAAGUGGCACUCCAGCUUGCGGCACAAGGCGCAAACGACGCACUCCGCAGCUACGUGCGUCUCUGUCUCGAGCGCCUUCCACACAAAGUGCGGGCCCAGAGGCUCAUGCUGGCAACGUGGCUCCUCGAGCUGUAUCUCGCGCAGCUUUCCACGCUCGAAGACAGUCCCAGCGAUGAGGACGCGGCGCAGGGGGCGCUGCUUGCCGACGAGCUGCGCAGCUUUUUGCACGCCCACCGACACACGCUCGAUCCGCCCACCACGCUUGCAUUUCUCGCGCGCAAUGGGCGCACAGAUGUGUGGCUUGCGUAUGCCGAAGAGAUGCACGCGACGCGCGAUAUUCUCGAGCGGUGGCUGCGCCUGCGCGACUUCAGCGCGGCGCUCGACACGCUGGCCAAGCAGUCAGACCUUGACUUGUACUACACGUUUGCGACGCCUCUCUUGCUGCACGUCCCCAACGAGACAGUUGCAUGUUGGAUACGCCAGCCGCAGCUUGAUCCCGCGCGCCUCGUUUCCGCGCUUGUGCAGCUUGACGCACCGCUGGAGGAGCCGCACCCAUGCAUUGCUUAUCUCAACCAUGUCGUGCGGCACGGCAAUACACAGCAAGUCGUGCACGAUUUGCUGCUUACGCUGCUUGCCGAGUGCGCAGCGAAUGCGAAGCAUGCGCCGCUGCGCACACAGGCACGCAGUAGACUGGAGCGCCUGAUCGAUGGCGUGGAUACCCAGCACAAGGUGUACUACGAUCUGCAUUAUGCGUUGCGUGUGUGCGUGCGCAAAGCGCUGCGCGAAGCGUGCGUGCGUUUGUAUGCGCGCAUGGACUUGUACGAAAAUGCGGUGCAGCUUGCGCUCGAGGCAGACGACGUGGCGUUGGCGUGCAAGUGCGCUGAUCUCGCGACGGAUCCGAGUGUGCGCAAGGAUCUGUGGCUUGCGUGUGCCAAGCAUGUAGUACAGGCACAGCAGAGUAUUGCCGGCGCGAUGCAGUUCCUGCAACGCACCGAACACUUGACCAUCGAAGACAUCUUGCCCUUUUUGCCCGACUUUGUCGUCAUCGACGGGUUCAAGCAGGAAAUAUGCGAUACGCUUGCAUCGUACGUCGAGCGCAUCGAUGCGCUCAAAGAGGAGAUGGAGAAGACCACGGUGUGUGCUGAGCAUAUCCAGCACGAUCUCCAAUCGCUUCCUAAACGAUUCUUGCACAUCAGUGCCGACCAGGGAUGCGAGCAGUGCGGUGUGCCUUUGCUCCAGCGCCAGCUGUACAUUUUUCCAUGCCGCCAUGGAUUCCACGUAGAUUGCCUGACCAAGGAAGUGACGCGGCACUUGCCGCCGCGCCUGCUGCGGCGCCUGCUGCAGCUGCAGGAGGAGCUGGAGCGAUGCAUGGCGCCGCACAGUGCGCCGACAGUGCCAGGGACCAGCCUCACACUGGACCGCUUGCGCGAGCGUGUGCGGCCACAAGCGAUUGUGGAUGCGAUAACUGCGCUUGGCAUGGGGCACGGCGCACCGUCGCACCGAAGCGGGGCGUCUGGAGAGGGCGAGAUGGCGUCGGUGCAGCAGGUGGGAGCGAAAACACAGCGUACGGACGCACUUCCGCAUGUACAGACCGUGCGCGAGGAAAUGAAUACGAUCGUUGCAGGUGCUUGCCCUGUAUGCACCCUGUCUGUACAGCAGCUUACGAUGCCGUUUAUCAUGCCGGAGGAACAGGAUACCUCGGACGAGGAGGCAUGGGCUGUAUAG